GGCGCGGGGUGCUUUUUAGGAGACUCCCGGCUCGCCGGGCUUUAGUGCAGCCAGGCGCAGACGAGGCGCGGCCAGAAGCUGAGCCGGCAGUAUGACAGCAGAGCAGCGGCGGAAUCUGCACGCUUUCGGGGACUAUGUCAGGAAGACUCUCGACCCCACCUUCAUCCUGAGCUACAUGGCCCCCUGGUUUAGGGACGAUGAGGUGCAGCAUAUUCAGGCUGAGAAAAACAACAAGGGCCCGACAGAGGCUGCAUCACUUUUUCUCCAGUUCCUGUUGGAGCUCCAGGAGGAAGGCUGGUUCCGAGGCUUUUUGGAUGCCCUUAACCAAGCAGGUUAUUGUGGACUUUGUGAAGCCAUUGAAAGUUGGGAUUUCCAAAAAAUUGAGAAGUUGGAGGAGUACAGAUCACUCUUAAGGCGUUUACAACCAGAAUUUAAAACUACGAUCAAUCCAAAAGAUAUCCUUCCUGAAAUAGCUGAAUGUUUAAUUAGUCAGGAAUGUGAAGAAAUUCUACAGAUUUGUUCCAGCAAGGGGCUGAUGGCAGGUGCAGAGAAAAUGGUUGAAUGCCUCCUCAGAUCAGACAAGGAGAAUUGGCCUAAAACUUUGAAACUUGCUUUGGAGAAAGAAGAGAGCAGGUUCAGUGAACUGUGGAUGGUAGACAAAGGUGCAGAAGAUGUUAAAAUGAAAGAUCUUGAGGAUGAUGAAAUGAAAACUUGUGAUGUACAGAUUUUCUACAAGGAAGAACCAGAAAACCAGAAUCUUAGUCAGAAUUCGUGUUCCUCUUCAGAAGCACCUCAUACUUACAGCCCACUGAAGCCAAGAAAGUACCAACUGGAGCUUGCUUUACCUGCUCAGAAUGGAAAAAACACAAUAAUAUGUGCUCCUACUGGUUGUGGAAAAACCUUUGUUUCUCUUCUUAUAUGUGAACAUCAUCUUAAGAAAUUUCCACGAGGACGAAAGGGGAAGGUUGUCUUUUUUGCUAUUCAACUCCCAGUGUAUGAGCAGCAGAAAUCUGUGUUCUCAAAACAUUUUGAAAGACUUGGGUACAAAGUUGCAGGCAUUUCUGGAGCAACGUCUGACACUGUCUGUGUGGAACAGAUUGUUGAGAACAACGACAUCAUCAUCUUAACACCACAGAUUCUUGUGAACUGUCUUACCAAUGGGACAAUUCCAUCACUCUCUGUGUUUACUUUGAUGAUAUUUGAUGAAUGCCACAACACCAGCAAACAGCAUCCUUAUAAUGUCAUCAUGUUUAAUUAUCUAGAUCGGAAACUUGGAGGAUCUUCAGACUCACUGCCCCAGGUCAUUGGACUGACUGCCUCGGUUGGCGUUGGGGAUGCAAAAAACAAGGCUGAAGCCACAGAAUACAUCUGCAAAUUGUGUGCUUCUCUUGACACUUCGGUCAUAGCAACAGUCAGAGACAACUUGGAAGAACUAGAGGAAGUUGUGUAUAAGCCCCAGAAGUUUUUCAGGAAAGUGGAAUUACGGACCACUGACAGAUUUAAGUGCAUCAUAUCACAGCUGAUGAUGGAGAUAGAGAGUCUGGCAAAGAGCAUCUUUGAAGAACUUGGUACCAUAACUCUUGGAGGCUUAUUUCAAAUUCAAAAUAGUAAUUUCGGAACACAGAAAUAUGAGCAGUGGAUUGUCAAGGUUCAGAAAGAAUGUGCGGUGUUUCAGAUGCCAGACAAAGACAAAGAAAGCAGGAUUUGUAAAGCACUGUUUUCGUACAUGUCACAUUUGCGGAUAUACAACGAUGCCCUUAUUAUCAAUGAACAUGCCCGAAUGAAAGAUGCUUUGGAUUACUUGAAAGACUUCUUCAGAAAUAUCCGAGCAGCAGGCUUUGAUGAGAUUGAGCAAGAUCUCACUCAGAGAUUUGAAGAAAAGCUGCAAGAACUAGAAAGCAUUUCCAUAGAUCCCAGCAACGAGAACCCUAAACUCAGAGACCUCUGCUUCAUCUUGCAAGAAGAGUACCACUUAAACCCAGAGACCAGAACCAUUCUCUUUGUGAAAACCAGAGCCCUUGUGGAUGCUUUAAAGAAAUGGAUUAAAGAAAAUCCUAAGCUCAGCUUUCUGAAACCUAGCAUAUUGACUGGACGUGGCAAAACGAAUCAGAACAUAGGGAUGACCCUCCCAGCCCAGAAGUGUGUACUGGAUACCUUCAGAACUGACAAGGAUAACAAGAUUCUGAUCACCACCUCGGUGGCAGAUGAAGGCAUCGACAUUGCUCAGUGCAAUCUGGUCAUCCUAUAUGAGUAUGUGGGCAACGUCAUCAAAAUGAUCCAAACCAGAGGCAGAGGAAGAGCAAGAGGGAGCAAGUGUUUCCUUCUGACUGCUAACGCUGAUCUGAUCGACAAAGAGAAAAUGAACAUGUACAAAGAAGAAAUGAUGAAUGGGGCCAUUUUAAUCCUGCAGACAUGGGAUGAAGCAGUAUUUAAAGAAAAGAUUCACCAGAUACAGAUUCGUGAAAAAAUCAUCAGGGAUAAUCAAGGAAAACCAGAACCUGUGCCUGAUAAGAAAACUAAAAAACUACUCUGCAAAAAGUGCAAAGCCUUUGCAUGUUAUACAGCUGAUAUAAGAAUGGUGGAGGAACUCUGUGUAUUGUGCUGAGUUGAGACUUCACAGACAUGUGAUAAAACUGCUGGACACCUUCCUUAGUCUACACUGUUGAUGCUUUCACACUGAACUCACGAGCCUGCCUAACACGAGGCCCCUCCUAGCCUUCGUGGGUUGGGGAACACUCCACAGCACCUCGGCGCCACUCUGGGGGGGCGGGCACUGUAAAAGUGAAAUCACCAACGAAAAGCCCAAAAAUGGUAAUUACAUGACAUUAAACAGACCACGAACAGGACACGUGUUUGCAAUAUAAGGCCUGAAACAAAGGUAAAAUGUCACCUUGUUUGACCUCAGCUGAGAGCAGGCACCAUGGUGACCCCAGGUUUCCACCUUCUGUGCACAUCAGUAAGGGAUGACAGGAGCAUGAUGAGCAUUGAUUUGGGGGGUUAAAAACCAUUUUUUUUUAAUCUUUUCUCUUUUGAGGGCUGUACCUGCGGCAUAUAGAAGUUCCCAGGCUAGGCGUUGAGUUGGAACUGUUGCUGCUGGCCUAUGCCACAGCCACAGCAAUGCCAGAUGCGAGCCGUGUCUGCAGCCUAUACCACAGCUCACGACAAUGCCAGAUCCUUAACUGACUGAGCGAGGCCAGGGAUCAAACCCAUAACCUCAUCUUCCUAGUCAGAUUCAUUUCCGCUGACCCAUGACAGGAACUCCUAAAAUCCAUUUUAAUGAGUAGUCAAAUUCACAAAUACGGAGUCCAUCUAUAAUGAGGAUCCACUGUACCUCUAAAGCUAUGUAUUUUUAAAAUUUUUUUUGUCCUUUUGCCAUUUCUUGGGCCGCUCCCGUGGCAUAUGGAGAUUCCCAGGCUAGGGGUCGAAUCGGAGUUGUAGCCACCGGCCUACGCCAGAGCCACAACAACAUGGGAUCUAAGCUGCGUCUGCGACCUACACCACAGCUCAGGGCAACGCCGGAUCCUUAACCCACUGAACAAGGCCAGGCAUCGAACCCGCAACCUCAUGGUUCCUAGUCGGAUUCGUUAACCUCUGAGCCACGACGGGAACUCCAAGCUGUGUAUUUUUUAAAAGAAAAUUCCAGGGUACAGUGUUCAUGUUAUCUCAUCUGCUUCGUGCAGGCUGAGGAGGGUACUGCACAGAGACCAGAAGAAAGGAGACAAAGCAUCAUGUCCCCUGAAUUUCGAGCAGCUGCCCCAUGUGGGAUGCUUCCUGUGGGGUAGAUACUAAAACAAUGCCUACCGUUAGAUUAAAGCAGGAGCUGGGAAGGGAGGGGCUGAAGAAGAAGCCAGAAUAGCAAGAUCUCCAUUAUUUUCCGUAUUUCUUUCCUUUUUGCAGGCCCUUCCCCUUGAGUAGAUUCUUGUUUAACUAUUUCAGUUAUGUCUUAGCUGUGUAUCGGGGAGUAAAGAAAAGCCUUCUCCUCCUCCUCUGAUUUCUGGAGGUCUAGCCUUCAGAACGUACUGAGGAAAGCAGUAACUUUCUUCCAGCAAAGUUUUCAAAUUCACUGGAAAAACUGUAACCACACGAUCAAAUCUUACCCAGGGGCUCUUUCUCAAAGUCGAUCCGGAUGGUCCCAGCAAUUGCGUAAGCUAUGACCAAGGGCGGAGAAGCCAAAUAAUUGGCCCGGGUAUUGGGGUGGACUCGCCCUUCAAAAUUCCUGUUCCCAGAAAGCACUCCGACUGCGACAAGGUCCCCCUGUGUGAGGCAAGGGAAAAAGCAGGUCACAGAGAGAAGAGACUGCCAUGGCUUCUUCGACCACCUGUCAGGAGCCCUUGACUUUACAGGGUGACCUGUGGAAGACAGUCUGGGUCAGAAGCGGCAGAGAGACAGUCAGUGGUUUCUGCUCUUGAGACAAUACCUGGCGGCUCAGCAGGCAUCAUCCUGGGUAUUUUCCUGGGAAUAGGUGGGGAAGACUGCAAGCUGAAAGCUAAAGGAAGCCAUACUGACUGGCAGGGAUUCUAAAAUUAAAUACAAAGUGAACCAAAUAGUAUUUCUCAAUGAUGUAGAAUUUAUGGGACAAAAAUCAAGCCAAGGCAGUUUAGUUUAGGUUCAUUUGUGUGGACCCAGUUUUCAGACAAUAGGAACAAAUGACUCGGUGCCUUUUGCAGUCAAAACCACAUUUAUGGAGCAUGUGUGUGCCAGGCGCCAUCUAAAUCCUUCAUGUCCACUGUCGCCUUAAUGCUUACAACUCUUCUAUGAAACAGGGAUUAUUGUCUCCAAUUGUGAAAACUGAGGCACAAAGAGGUUAAUAGCUUGCCCAGAGGUCUACAACUGGUAACGCUGAGCUCAACUCCAAAGACCAUGCUCUUCACCACAUUCCCUGCUUCCUGGGACUGUCUGAAAAUUACCAGGACUUUGAUGACAUGUCAUAUGAAAAAAGACAACAGCCCUGAAGACCCACAGGCUCCUCUGUAAUUACCUGCGUAAUGGCUUCUACCACAGCUUCGGGUAAGGGCCCGCUGUUGCCGAUGCAGGUCAUGCAGCCAUAGCCUACCACGUCGAACCUGGGUGCAGGAGAGAAGCAGAUGACAGGGAGGGACUUUCAGGGGGCCUGUCUGUCCUUACAGGUCCUGGAGGCCAUUGACUUGGAGAACAGCAGUGUAGGAAGUAAGUUUAGCACAGGGUGGUUUCUAUAAAGCAGUCAUUCUCGGGAGUGUUUUGAUUUGCUCUUCAUCCAUUCCAGGUCAUUCAAUUAGGGUCCUUUCCAUAAUUGACUUAAAAAAAAA